GCACCGGAGAUCACGGACUCCCGUCACGCGGCUCAUACCCGUUGCCAAGAAGGGCAAACAUCUCUGCAGCGGAACCGAUCACUCUGGCAUGGCGUGCCGUUCGCGGCCAUAUAAAGCCAGCCCAAUGGCUCCCGUACAUUGACGCUUGUCAGCAUCUUCCACGUCUGACGCUCCUUUUUGCGGGGGAGGAACCAUCAUAAGUUACAUCACGCCAAAGAAGAAACGCCAAUGACCUGAUUUAAUCGGGCACUUUUACUCGACUGGACAUGUCAGCUUCAACGAUAGCGUCGAGGUCUGUGACGACUCUCUGGUUAAUUAAUACGGAAUCAAUGACGGCGACCCGCUCUAGCAAUGGGUUUUACAUGUCAGAUCCAGCAGAACCUUGCUUCAAACGUUUCGAAGCCCUCUAUCUUUAUAUACAGGCAGUCGGCAAACAGCCACUGAUCUGCCACAAAGACGCGUACUUUCAGACAGAGUACGAAGCGUGUAUAGAUUGUUUAUACGACACACUAGACAUUGCAAAAACCUACAUACCCGAGGAGAUUGAGCCAAAAUUCAAAGACUAUCGUGACUAUUGCAGCGGCAGACCUUCAGACUGGACGUACGCACCGUCACAACUGACUACCGUCACCCGCGCGUACUGGGGAUCCCUUACAGAUUGGUAUGGUAACGUGGUGCCGGGGAACAUCCAGACGAUCACGGCGACGGAGUUCAAGGGUACAUACAGCACUGCUACGGGUAGCACGUCAACCUGGGGGGUUCCGUCAGAGACGUCAAUUGGAACUGGAACAGGAGAUACAGGACCAAUACCAGGGAACUCGGCAUGGAUAGCGGGACCAGUCAUUGGCGUGAUCACAGCCAUCAUGCUCGUCCUUGGCGCGCUUUGGUUUCUGAGGCGACGGAGGCAGCGGGUGGUUGAUAAAGAGGAGUCAAUGGCGAAUGAUGUUAGUACUGGUGGUACUGGCCGCGGGGGUUACGGCCAAGAGGAAUAUGAAAAGCCACAGCUCCAUUCGGAUUGUAUCCCGCAUCGAAUCAUCAUGGAGCUCGAAGGAUCGUACCCGAUUUCGCCACUGCCUAUGAGCCCUGCGUCCGAGAUGACUGCAAACGAAGUUCCUGCUCAAGAGCUCUCGGUCCCGGGUAGUCAGCAUGUUGAAGGGGUAACGGAGAAGAAUAGCUCUGCGAGACCAGAGAGCCCAGUUCUUGGAUGAAUAAGGUUUUUGUUUUCAACCAUUUCAUAUUUGAUACGAGAAUCCAAUCAUACCAACGAAGGUCUCCUCAGUUUUUCGGCAAAGUAGGAGCUGAAA